ACAAGAGGACGAAGCUGUGCGCGCAUUGGUUUUUAUUUCAUUGUUGACUCCGCGGUGCCGCGAGAGCCACGCGACCUCCUUCUAAGGGGACCAAGAGGGGAGAAUGUGAGGAAAUGAGCUUAACGAAGUUGUCAUUGAGGGCGAUGCCUGCCCUAGCAUCGAAGAUGGACGAAUGGGGAUCGCCGAUAAAGUCCGUGGAGACCACCUAGAAACGCCCGUGUCAGGACAGCGGUGACAGCAGGCUGGGAGCACAGGCUAGCCAGCCCUAGGUUCUGCCCCCAGUUAGCUACAGUGUGGGAAUGAAUGAAUGCACAAGUUCCCCUCUCUUCUCUGGACAACAUGGCUCCUUUCUCCCUCUGCUCCAUCAGCCCACACCAUUCACCGUCUGGCCCAGGUUGUCACGUGCUGUUUGGGCUCACUGAGAAGCUGGCUCAAGACCCAAGCAUGUUUAUGUUAAACGUUCUUCAAGACCCCUUGUCCAGGGAUGGACUGGCCCCUCUCCUCUCUGUGACAGAAGAGAAGAGACCAGUAAAAUAGCCCAAGGAGGUUUCCUGUGGCCAGCCUUUGCUUCCCUCCCGGGCCUUGGUGAGGUCUCCACUGCAGCCUCGAACUACCUCGGGCCUGUAUCUGAAUACUGUCUCCUAGAAGUGAGUUCUCCAAGGACUGACUUGCCCUUGCUGGCCCAGUGAGAAGAGGGAAGAUGCCCCCAGCCCAUGGUGACCGGAGGAGGCCACAGUGUCAGCCUCUGGGGCUGGCUCCAGCAUCAACUCAGGGCGGACCAGGGGUCUGAUCCCCCACCACACUCUGGCUCACUUCUCUGCCUGGCCUUUGACUCUCCAUCAUUGAGAGAUGCUUCGGGCUGGAGUGUCACGCCCAAGAUUGCGUAGGGAUCUGCCUUUGUCAUUGGAGCGGAAACUGGGUAACAGAUCCACUCUGCCGAGUGUCCCAAUUAGCCACCCUCUGCUGUCAGAGACAGGGAAGGCAGAGACUCCAGGGUCCCUGGUUCUGGGAUGCUUGGUUUGGGGUGUGGCUACUGUUUCUUUAAGGGGACCACCUCAUGGCCUGGUUUGAAGUGGAAAACACGUGCUGAUUCUCAGCCACACCUGGGCACCCACACGCAUAACUCUACCACCAACACUGGUGCACACCCUAUGCAUUCCUCCAUGCCUGACCUUCCCACUGCUACCCCCUCGCUUAGCCUCACUGUUGGCAUUAAAACCUAAAUAUCUUCACCCAACUGUCCCCCACCCACUGGCUCUUGUCUGCCUCCCUCUAAAUUACCCCCCAGCUAUACACCCUGGGGAAGAUCCAGCAGCCACUGCUUACCCUUCCUUCUAAUGCUAGACUUCAACCCCAGGCCAGGCUCCAAGGUGCUUCCUUCAUAACCAAAGCCAAUAGGGCAAUGCUUGGGGCUUCAGGUCAGGGCAUUGGAGGCUCCAGGGGAGGAAGACAGGAAGAAAAAGGUCCUGGCCCCCAGCCCAGAUAUUUGAGACAGCUGCUGCUGCACCAGGUCUCGGAGCUUCUCCCCAGGGCUGCUUCAACCGGCUUUUCAGGUACCACUGCGUCCUCUCCCAGUUCAUGACAAUCAGUCCCCCUGCCCUUGCCUACAGGCUGGGAGGAAAGAGGCCUGGAUUCUGUCAUGAACAUGUGAUCCUUGUUUCAAAGUUUGCAGCUCUCCCCAUGCAGCUUUGGGGACCCAGGUACCUCUUCCCUCCAGCACCCUGUGAGAUGGGCUCAGGCCUGGACUAUAUAUCCCCUUGACUUCCAAUCCAUCUGUGUGUGCCAUCUAUGAAUACUUACUGAGCCCCAGUUAUGUCCCGCAAGUUGGGGCUCUAGCAGUAUCCAGCACAAAGGGCCUGUUUGCUGGAAGUGUACAAUCUAGAAGGUGAGACACACUAUUAAAAACUAAAUGCAAUUUAAGAUUGCAAUAAUUACUGUAGAAAGAGAAGGAUGAUGUCACAGGACAUAAUUGUCAUACCUGUAAUACCACACUGUGCCUGGGGGUGGUCAGGACGGGCUGGCUUUCUGUGAUGCGGCCCUCUGAGCCAGGUGUAGAAUGGUGGAGUCAACAAGCUGACACUCUGGCUUCCAGGCAUGGGCAAAGCCGUCAGGCAGUAAUGAGAGGGCCGUGGGAGGAACUGGAGCAGAGAGGGGGUGGGGGAGGGGACCCCAAGAACAAAAUCGGGUAACUCCCUCACCUCCUGGGGUUCUGUCCUCCCCUCUGACUGCUUUCCACUUUUCCAGAAUUAUCCAGCUGGGCAAGCUGUAUGUUUAGAUCUCUAGGAGGGCUGACAAGAUGGUUAGGUAUGGAGGAUGCCUGACGGUGGGUUCAAGAGCAAGGAGGAUGGCCAGUGGGGGAGAAAGACAAACAGGAGGGGCUGGGCAGGGCAGAACCCUGUACUGGGGUGGAGGGCCUGAGCGGGUCAAAGAGCAAAGAUGCUAGGAUCUUCUCUAUGAUUCAUCCUGUCUUUCUCCUCUUCCUUUUCAUUGCUCAACUCCAAAUGUCUUUGGGAAACACCUCCCUGACUGGGAACUAAGUCAGAGUCUCACAGGGGCAAUUGAGUCAUGGUGGGUGGAGAAGAGGGAGGGAAGCAAAGGAUAAAUAGCGGCCUCGCUCCCCCGGCUCCUCUCUGCAUCCUCCCCGCCUUCCCAACAACAUGGAUCUCGCCGAUUUGCUCAGGUCCUGCUGCCUCCUACUGCUCCUGGGGGCUCUGCCUGCAUGGGCCGCCCAUGAUGAUCCCAUUGAGAAGGUCAUAGAAGGGUUCAGCCGAGGGCUGAGCAAUGCGGAGAGAGAGGUGGGCAAGGCCCUGGAAGGCAUCAAUAAUGGGAUCACGCAAGCUGGAAGGGAAGUGGAGAAAGUUUUUGAUGGACUUAGCCACAUGGGGAGCCAGGCCGGCAAGGAGUUGGACCAUGGCUUGGACAAGGUAGCCCAUGGCAUCAACAAUGGCGUCGGACACGCAGGAAGGGAAGCAGAGAAGUUAACCCAUGGGGUCAACCACGCCGCUGGACAGGUUGGGAAGGAGACAGACAACAUCAUCCAUCAUGGGGUCCACCACGGGGUCAACCAGGCGGGCAAUGAAGCAGGGAGGUUUGCUCAGGGAGGCCACCAUGCUCUUGGUCAGGGUGGGAAAGAGGCAGAGAAGUUUGGUCAGGGGGCCCACCAUGCUCUUGGUCAGGGUGGGAAAGAGGCAGAGAAGUUUGGUCAGGGGGCCCACCAUGCUCUUGGUCAGGCUGAGAAAGAGGCAGAGAAGUUUGGUCAGGGGGCCCACCAUGCUCUUGGUCAGGGUGGGAAAGAGGCAGAGAAGUUUGGUCAGGGGGCCCACCAUGCUCUUGGUCAGGGUGGGAAAGAGGCAGAGAAGUUUGGUCAGGGGGCCCACCAUGCUCUUGGUCAGGGUGGGAAAGAGGCAGAGAAGUUUGGUCAGGGGGCCCACCAUGCUCUUGGUCAGGGUGGGAAAGAGGCAGAGAAGUUUGGUCAGGGGGCCCACCAUGCUCUUGGUCAGGGUGGGAAAGAGGCAGAGAAGUUUGGUCAGGGGGCCCACCAUGCUCUUGGUCAGGCUGAGAAAGAGGCAGGGAGGUUUGGUCAGGGGGCCCACAAUGCCUUUGGUCAGCCUGGGAGAGAGGCAGAGAAAUUUGGUCAGGAUGGUCACCAUGCAUUUGGUCAGCCUUCGAAAGAAGUAGAGAAAUUUGGUCAGGGUGUUCACCAUGCCUUUGGUCAACCUGGGAGAGAGGCAGAGAAAUUUGGUCAGGGUGUUCACAAUGCCUUUGGUCAGGCUGGGAGAGAGGCAGAGAAAUUUGGUCAGGGUGUUCACAAUGCCUUUGGUCAGGCUGGGAAGGAGGGAGGGAGGGUGGUACAGGGGGCCAAUCAGGGACUGAGCCAUGCUGCAAUGGAGGCACAGCAGUUUGGCCAUGGCCAUGGCCAUGGUUACUAUGCGGCAGGGCAAGCUUGGCAAGAGGGAGACAAAGUAAUGCAGCCUGGAGUCAACCAGGCUGGGAAGGAGAUAGAGAAGUUUGGCCAGGGUGCCCACCAUACCACUGAUCAGGCUAGAAAGGAGGCCGAGAAAGUGGUUCAAGGGGUCCACACCGGGGUCAACCAGGCUGAGAAGGAGGCAGAGAAAGCUGGCCAAGGGGUCAGCUAUGCUGCUGGCCAGGCUGGAAAGGAAGCGGAGAAGCUUGGCCAAGGUGUCCACCAUGCUGCUGGCCAGGCCUGGAAGGAAAUGGACAGGUGGCAGCAAGAUGUUCAUAAUGGGGUCAACCAAGCCAGCAAGGAGGCCAACCAGCUGCUGAAUGUAGGUGAACAGAGGUGGGGAACCUGGGGAGAAGGGGGUUGUGGGAGGGAAGAGGCUAAACCCUUGGGAAGCCAUAACACUGGGCUCUCUUCCUUCCACCUCUAUUACUACAGAGCUGGUGGCCAGCUGGUCAGAUGGACUAAACCAUCUUGUCUGCAAAGCUUCACCUGAGACAAGGUGGAAGGGACUCAGUCCCAUUAUCGGGGAGCUGUCUUCCUAGAUGAGGGGCCCUAACCUGUCCCCUCUCCUGGAACCAGGAAAUAGUUCUGAGCUGAGACACUGUACAAACAGGUAGAGACUGAGGAACCCCAGAGCCUGAGGAGGCCCUUUGGCGACAGGCUCUGAGGUGUUGCAUCCUUGUAACAAGCCUCUGAGCUGGUUGGGAUGAGGGUGCUGACUCUGACAUUCAGAGAAGGAGACUAAGACUCAGAGAGGCCAAGGGGACUCACCAAGGUCUCAUGACAAGUGCCCAGUGGAUAAGGUGGUUGUCUUCCUUUGCCUUCCAGAUUGGGUAGCGGGGAGUGUUUGGGGAACUCUCUUACCCAUUUGUAGAGGGAACAGAUGCUGGAGGUCAUGCAAGCAGCAACAGAGCGGGCCGAGGAGGACUGGGGACCAGUACCAGGCCGACCUUGGCACGGCCCAGUUCCCAGUUCUCCACGCUCCAGGGGCAGUCAUUGAGAUCAGCAAGCUGGGACACCUUCCUGAGGAUGGGUCCAGGUCUCAGAGCCCAGAGUCACAUCUGCUGCUUGGAGGGAGCCAUGGAGGGCUGGGCUGGGGAAGAGAGGACUAGAGAGAGUCCUGGGUGAAGAACAAGACCCUGAGUGGGACACCCAAGUGGAGGCUGGGAGAGGGGCAAGAGCAGUUGAAGGUGGGGUGCAACUGGGGAAGCUAUGCUGAGUGGCAGGCCCACUGCAAUCAAGAGUGGGGAUGAACUGAAUUAGGCUGGAGGCUAGACUGUAGAAAAGUGAUUAAAAAUCAGGCUGAGGGUGAAUGGUGGUGUUUGUGUGGGUCUUUUGAGGGCUCCUUCUCCAAGAUGGAAACAUUUCUCUAACACUGAAUUUAAGGAGAGCUUGGGUGAGGCAGGACAACAAGAGACAGACAUCCUUCCUGGAGUCCUGUCCACCUCUCCCAAUCGGCUUAGCAGCUGGGGCUCUGGGUUGUUUUCAGGACAGUGAGUAAGGAACCCAGAAGAUCAGCCUGGGCUCCUACCCCAGACCCAGACGUCUUACAAGGGGCCCGGUUUCUGAGGAAAAGGAAUGAGGGAGACCCUCACGGGUCAAGGGGUGGUAGUGAUGAUCUGGGUU